CAACGACACAAAGCCCGACUUUACAACCUCCUAGAGAAAGUGGAAGUAAGAGGGCUUAGGCGGGGUAGCCAGAGGAAAGAAAACGCAAACCCAAAAAGCCCCAACCCAAACCCAAAGUACGAGGUGAAGACGGCUUAGGUGGGACCCGAGAGGGGAGCGUCUCCCGUCUGUAGCCUAGGAGGGGGCGGCUUUUGUAACUACUCCCACCGCCCGCGCCUUGCCGCGCCCGCCCGCGCCAGGGUCUCCUCAGUCCCUGGCUAGUCCGGAGUCUUCCCUCAGGGAGCGGCCACUCCCGGGCAGGAAGCGGGCGCGUCCAGCAGCCUUGAGGCGGGCCACGCCAAGGCUCUUCUCAGCCAGAAGUGCUGGUCGGAAAGCGCGGGGCCGAGGAAGGACUGCGAGUGAAGCGGUGCCACGGACGAGUUAGGGCCGGGUGUGUUUUGUGGACGGCGCCUUCCCAGACAGCCCAGUGGAGCCCAGCCUGGCACCCCGCAGCCUCGGACGCGAUGUUCCGCCGGACCCUCAAUCGUUUGUGUGCUGGAGAAGAGAAACGAGUUGGAACACGCACAGUAUUUGUUGGCAAUCAUCCCAUUUCAGGAACAGAAGCUUACAUUGCACAGAGAUUUUGUGAUAAUAGAAUAGUCUCAUCUAAGUAUACACUUUGGAAUUUCCUACCAAAGAAUUUGUUUGAACAGUUUAGAAGAAUUGCAAAUUUUUAUUUUCUCAUCAUUUUCCUUGUACAGGUCACAGUAGACACACCAACCAGCCCAGUUACCAGUGGACUUCCACUUUUCUUCGUUAUAACUGUUACAGCAAUCAAGCAGGGAUAUGAAGAUUGGCUUAGACACAGAGCUGAUAAUGAAGUUAACAAAAGUACUGUUUAUAUUAUUGAAAAUGCACAACGAGUAAGAAAAGAAAGCGAAAAAAUCAAGGUUGGUGAUGUAGUAGAAGUACAGGCAGAUGAAACCUUUCCCUGUGAUCUUAUUCUUCUGUCAUCCUGCACAACUGAUGGAACCUGUUAUGUCACUACAGCCAGUCUCGAUGGCGAAUCCAAUUGCAAGACACAUUAUGCAGUGCGAGAUACCAUUGAAUUGUGUACAGCCGAAUCCAUUGAUAAUCUCCGAGCAGCCAUUGAAUGUGAGCAGCCGCAACCUGACCUCUACAAGUUUGUUGGGCGAAUCAGUAUCUAUAGUAAUAGUAUUGAGGCUGUUGCCAGGUCUUUGGGACCUGAAAAUCUUUUGCUGAAAGGAGCCACACUUAAAAAUACCAAGAAGAUAUAUGGAGUUGCUGUUUACACUGGGAUGGAAACCAAAAUGGCUUUGAAUUACCAAGGGAAAUCUCAGAAACGUUCUGCUGUUGAAAAAUCUAUUAAUGCCUUCUUGAUUGUUUAUUUAUUUAUCUUACUGACCAAAGCUGCAGUAUGCACAACUCUAAAGUAUGUUUGGCAAAGUACCCCCUACAAUGAUGAGCCUUGGUAUAACCAAAAGACUCAGAAGGAACGGGAAACUUUUAAGGUUUUGAAAAUGUUCACUGACUUUUUAUCAUUCAUGGUUCUCUUCAACUUCAUUAUACCUGUCUCCAUGUAUGUCACAGUAGAAAUGCAGAAAUUUUUAGGGUCAUUCUUUAUUUCAUGGGAUAAAGACUUUUUUGAUGAAGAAAUUAAUGAAGGAGCCUUGGUUAACACAUCAGACCUUAAUGAAGAACUUGGUCAGGUGGACUAUGUAUUUACAGAUAAGACUGGAACACUCACUGAAAAUAGCAUGGAAUUCAUUGAAUGCUGCAUAGAUGGGCACAAGUAUAAAGGCACAACUCAGGAAGUUGAUGGAUUAUCUCAGAUUGAUGGGCCCUUAGCCUAUUUUGAUAAAGCAGAUAAGAACCGGGAGGAACUCUUUCUCCGUGCCCUGUGCUUAUGUCACACUGUAGAAAUUAAAACAAAUGAUGCAGUGGAUGGACCUAUAGAAGGAGCGCAGUUCACGUAUAUCUCCUCCUCACCAGAUGAAAUAGCUUUGGUGAAAGGAGCUCAAAAGUUUGGGUUCACAUUUUUGGGAAAUUGGAAUGGACAUAUCAGAGUAGAGAACCAAAGAAAAGAAAUAGAAGAGUAUGAACUUCUCCACACCUUAAAUUUUGAUUCUGUCCGCCGACGUAUGAGUGUAAUUGUAAGGACCCAAGGAGGAGAUAUACUACUUUUCUGUAAAGGAGCAGAUUCAUCCAUUUUUCCCAGGGUGCAUAGCCAUGAAAUUGAUUUAACCAAGGUCCAUGUGGAGCGUAAUGCAAUGGAUGGGUAUCGGACUCUUUGUGUAGCCUUCAAAGAAAUUUCUCCAGAUGAUUUUGAAAGAAUCAAUGCACAACUGAUAGAGGCAAAAAUGGCCCUACAAGAUAGAGAAGAAAAACUGGAAAAGAUUUUUGAUGUGAUUGAGACUAACAUGAAUUUAAUUGGAGCCACCGCUGUGGAAGACAAGCUACAAGAUCAGGCUGCAGAGACCAUUGAAGCUCUCCAUGCAGCUGGCUUAAAAGUCUGGGUGCUUACUGGGGACAAGAUGGAAACUGCCAAGUCUACUUGCUAUGCCUGCCGCCUUUUCCAAACCAAUACUGAGCUCUUGGAACUGACUACAAAAACCAUUGAAGAAAGCGAAAGGAAGGAAGAUCGAUUGCAUGAACUGUUAAUAGAAUAUCGUAAGAAAUUGCUGCAUGAGUUUCCUAAAAGCACUAGAAGCCUUAAAAAAGCAUGGACAGAACAUCAGGAAUAUGGAUUAAUCAUUGAUGGCUCCACAUUGUCACUUAUACUAAAUUCUAGUCAAGAUUGUAGUUCAAACAACUAUAAAAGCAUUUUUCUACAAAUCUGUAUGAAAUGCACUGCAGUGCUCUGCUGCCGGAUGGCACCAUUACAGAAAGCCCAGAUUGUGAGAAUGGUGAAGAACUUGAAAGGCAGCCCCAUAACACUGUCAAUAGGUGAUGGCGCCAAUGAUGUCAGUAUGAUUUUGGAAUCCCAUGUGGGAAUAGGUAUUAAAGGAAAAGAAGGUCGUCAAGCAGCCAGGAAUAGUGAUUAUUCUGUUCCAAAGUUUAAACAUUUAAAGAAACUGCUAUUGGCUCAUGGACAUCUAUACUAUGUGAGAAUAGCACAUCUUGUACAAUAUUUCUUCUACAAGAACCUUUGUUUCAUUUUGCCACAGUUUUUGUACCAAUUCUUCUGUGGAUUCUCACAACAGCCGCUCUAUGAUGCUGCUUAUCUUACAAUGUAUAAUAUCUGUUUCACAUCCCUGCCCAUCCUGGCUUACAGUCUACUGGAACAGCACAUCAACAUUGAUGCUCUGACUGCAGACCCUCGAUUGUAUAUGAAAAUUACUGGCAAUGCUAUGUUACAGUUGGGGCCCUUCUUAUAUUGGACAUUUCUGGCUGCAUUUGAAGGGACAGUGUUCUUCUUUGGGACUUAUUUCCUUUUUCAGACUACAUCCUUAGAAGACAAUGGAAAGAUUUAUGGAAAUUGGACAUUUGGAACCAUUGUUUUUACAGUCUUAGUAUUCACUGUAACUCUGAAGCUCGCCUUGGAUACCCGAUUCUGGACAUGGAUAAAUCAUUUUGUGAUUUGGGGUUCUCUGGCCUUUUAUGUUUUUUUCUCAUUCUUCUGGGGAGGAAUUAUUUGGCCUUUUCUGAAACAACAGAGAAUGUAUUUUGUGUUUGCUCAAAUGCUCUCUUCUGUAUCUACAUGGUUGGCUAUAAUUCUUUUAAUAUUUAUCAGCCUUUUCCCCGAGAUUCUCCUAAUAGUAGUAAAGAAUGUGCGAAGAAGGAGUGCCAGGAGAAAUCUGAGCUGUAGAAGGGCAUCUGACUCAUUAUCCGCCAGACCUUCAGUCAGACCUCUUCUUUUACGAACAUUCUCAGACGAAUCUAAUAUAUUGUAACAGAAUCCGAAUCUUGAACUGCCUAUGUUAUUGUCCUACAAGCAUAUUGACCGUGGUUGCAGCUAAAGAAAGAAAGCAUGAAGGAACAGCUACAAAAGAUAUUAACUCAGGAUACUCAAUAUGAAACAAAAACCACUCUCAUGUGUAGGCUUCAGAAUAAAUGUUCAUUAAAGUACGAAAUAACUAUCUUAACCAUUUACAGUUAUUGUAAGUGGCCAUUAUGGCCAAAGUUAGAGAAUUAUAUGAAAGUUUAAAGUAAGCAUACUUAGAAUUCUGGAUUUAGAUAGAAUACCGUAACUACAAAGUGGGUGCUCUUUUAACCCGUCGACUUUGGAUGGAUUUAAAUAGUAGUAUAAAGUAGAAGCAAUGCAAUGGGAAUGAGCAGAUUUUGUUAUAACAGUGUUACUUUUUCCUGGCAGAAGACAUAGACUGUUUGUACCACAUUUCUCAUUCCUGCUGAAUGAUUAUCUUUUUCCCCCCACACACAAAAGAAAUACUUGAAAAUACAGGACUCCAAUUAUAUUACUGCAUCAGAUAAAAUAGGUCAUCUUCUUUUCAAUCAUAGGCUAAUUGUCUUGUUCUAAGAUCCUUUCCCAAAAGUACUUUGCAUAUCUGUAUGAUACUGUUAAUCUGGGUAUUAUUGUAGAAACAGGGGUGGAAAGGUUAUUUGGUGUGUUUUCUUCUGAAUUACACACCACUUAUGUAUUUAAGACUACUAAACUUGAAAAUAAAAUAUUUCAGUCUCCUGGUGACAGCCCCUCAAAACAGUUAAGUAGUAGAACGAUUUCUAAUGUCAGUUUUGCUGGGUAAUGCAAUAAGGUAUGUUAAAUAUUUAUAUAAAAAUUAAUGCCAUUCUUAACAUCACCAUUUUAUAAUUUUAUGUGGCAAAGAUGAGAAGAAUAGCUC